AAUUAUAACCCGUGCGGUUUCAUCAACACAAUAUCAUGAGACCGUCGGUCAUCGUAGCGGACUACUUGUCCUCAAACGGUGUAACGAUAAUGUUACUAGUGUUGGAAAUUAAAUAGCGUCGCCCGGGGUUUCGUGAAAAACUGGGCGUCCAAGACAACAAUUAUUCACACAAAAAAAAAAAAUUUUAAAAUAACACGUACACUUUGUCGCAAUAAAUACAUUACACCGCAGAGUCCGUGGAGAAAAGACAACAACGGUCGACGGAAACUCUCGAAAUUAAAUCAUCGUCAGCGCUACAGCCGAAAUUCGUAAUCACACAAUGAGGAUUUUGACGAUCGCCUGGAUUUUGGUUGCGGUCACGUGGUGCUGCGACAGCGCCGUUAUCUAUGACCCGGUGGUUCAAAACACCCGUUACUAUGAGCCCAGAAUUCAGGACUUGGAGCUUCUCGACAAAAACUUUUUUGACAUGGCUUCUAUCGAAAAGAGGAACGGUGCAAUGCAAGGUGAGUCACCGAGAAGUCGUCCUAGUUUGUCCAUCGUCAACUCGCUGGACGUCCUCCGACAAAAAUUAAUGUAUGAAGUGGCGCGGCGACACGUAGAUGAGAACCAGAAAGUGCUGUCGCAAAACCACCAGAUACUGAAGAACUUAGGAAAGCGGUCACUGUUUCCUUUUAUCGAAGUACCACGGAGGUACAACGUAUUUCUUAUAUAAUGAUACAUCCAUACAUCGAGUUAUUAUUUUAACUUUUUUUGAAACAGACUUAUUGAAGUAUGCUACUAAGUUUUUCAUUGUAUUAUUUAACUCAUUCAAAUACAUUUUUAAAUAUGACUGUGGCUAAUAGAAUUUUAAAAAUAUCUGUAUAAAUAUGAACUUCUAAAUUCAAGCGUCUGAAUGGGAUCAUCUUAUUUAUUUUCUCUACCUUUUUUUGCUUUUCUUUAUAAACAAUACAAAUUUGCGAUUUAUUUUAUAGAUACCUAUGGAUUUAGGAAUUCUCGUGCUUAAUAAUUACAUUUUUU